CGGCACACGACGGCGCGGCGCGCGACGACGCGGACGCGGUGAACGACGGGCGUCAGACGCGAGACGAAGACGACGCGCGGGUGACGCGCGACGCGCGAACGGACGGGCGCGAUGGCGACGGCGCGAACGAUGGGCGCGGCGGUGACGACGACGACGACGGGGGGGCGUCGCGAGGCGACGCGCGCGACGGGCGCGGCGACGCGAGGCGCGCGCGUCGUGCGACGCGUGAUGACGCCGCCGACGCAGGGGAAGAUCUCGGAGCAGUCGCGACCGGACGCGAACGGGAGGUACGGCGCGUACGGGGGGAAGUACGUGCCGGAGACGCUGAUCCCGGCGCUGCGGGCGCUGGAGAAGGAGUACGAGGCGAUCAAGACGGACCCGGCGUUCCAGGCGGAGCUGAAGGAUAUUCUGAAGGAUUACGUCGGACGCGAGAAUCCGCUGUACUACGCCGAAAGGUUGAGCGAACACUUCAAGGACGCGAACGGGGAAGGGCCGGACGUGUACCUGAAGCGCGAAGACCUGAACCACACGGGGGCGCACAAGAUCAACAACGCGGUCGGGCAAGCGCUGUUGGCGAAGCGAAUGGGGAAGAAGCGCAUCAUCGCUGAGACCGGGGCGGGACAACACGGCGUGGCGACGGCGACGGUGUGCGCGCGAUUCGGGUUGGAGUGUAUCAUUUACAUGGGCGCGGCGGAUAUGGAGCGACAAAAGCUCAACGUGUUCCGCAUGCGUUUGCUCGGCGCCACGGUUCGACCGGUGCGCGCGGGCACGGCCACGCUCAAGGAUGCGACGUCUGAGGCUAUUCGUGACUGGGUGACGAACGUUGAGGACACGCACUACAUCCUCGGCUCGGUCGCGGGCCCGCACCCGUAUCCGAUGAUGGUGCGCGACUUCCACGCCGUCAUCGGUCAAGAGACUAGAAGACAAGCCAUGGAGAAAUGGGGCGGUUUGCCGGACAUCCUCGUCGCGUGCGUUGGCGGUGGCUCCAACGCCAUGGGUCUGUUCCACGAGUUCAUCGACGACGAAUCCGUGCGCAUCAUCGGCGUCGAAGCCGGCGGCGAAGGCAUCGAGCCGGGCCAAAAGCACGCCGCGACGCUCACCUUGGGCACCCCGGGCGUGCUUCACGGCUCGUUCUCGUACUUGAUUCAAGAUGAAGAGGGUCAAAUCGUUGAGCCGCACUCCAUCUCCGCCGGUCUCGAUUACCCGGGCAUCGGUCCGGAGCACGCCUUCUUGAAGGAUUUCGGUCGCGCCGAGUACCACGCCAUCACCGACAAGGAAGCGCUCGACGCUUUCGUCGCCACCUCUCGUCUCGAGGGUAUCAUCCCUGCCCUUGAAACGUCCCACGCCUUGGCGUACUUGUGGAAGCUCUGCCCUGGUCUCCCCAACGGCACCAAGGUUGUCCUCAACUGCAGCGGCCGCGGCGACAAGGACGUCAACACCGCCGCCAAGUUUUUGGACAUCAGCGGUGAGGUCGACGGGUGA